CAGUUGUGCAUGACGUCACGACGUCGCCCUGCGUGCUGAUGAGGUCCAGCUACGUCCUGAUGUUGUUAUGUGGAUUUUAGAGACUAAAACAUCAGGGUUUGAUCGUUCGUGCGGAGACUGAGCUCCGUGAUUCCGCUGAGGGAACAUUCACACCGUCACCGACCUGGGACACACACAGUAAACUACCGGAUUAACGACUGCUGCUGCUGCGGGGAAAAUGUCUGCGGGCUCCGGGAGCAGAAACACGAACACGGAACCGUGGGGGAGCUUCGACGACAACCUCAUCCAGGGCGGCGGCUCGGCCGUCAUCGACAUGGAGAACAUGGACGACACGUCGGGCUCCAGCUUCGAGGACAUGGGCGAGAUGCACCAGAGGAUGAAGGAGGAGGAGGAGGUGGCGGCAGAGGCGGCGGCCACCGAGGACGACUCGGCUGAGGAUGGAGAGUUCCUGGGCAUGAAGGGGUUAAAGGGUCAGCUGGGCCGACAGGUGGCUGACGAGGUGUGGCAGGCCGGGAAGCGUCAGGCCUCCAGAGCCUUUAAUCUGUAUGCCAACAUCGAUAUCCUGAGGCCCUACUUCGACGUGGAGCCGGUCCAGGUCCGCAACAGACUGAUCGAGUCCAUGAUCCCGGUCCGCAUGAUCAACUUCCCCCAGAAGAUCGCAGGUGAGCUGUAUGGUCCUCUGAUGCUCGUCUUCACUCUGGUCGCCAUCCUGCUGCAUGGGAUGAAGACAUCAGGGACCGUCAUUAGGGAGGGGACUCUGAUGGGCACCGCCAUAGGAACAUGUUUCGGUUACUGGCUCGGUGUUUCCUCCUUCAUCUACUUCCUGGCGUACCUGGUCAACGCUCAGAUCACCAUGCUGCAGAUGCUGUCCCUGCUGGGUUACGGUUUGUUCGGUCACUGUGCCGUCCUCCUCAUCACAUACAACAUCCACUUCCACUUCCUGUUCUAUGUCCUCUGGCUGCUGGUGGGAGGACUGUCCACUCUGCGCAUGGUGGCGGCACUGCUGUCCCGGACGGUGGGUCAGACUCCUCGUCUCCUCCUCUGUGGGACUCUGUCUCUGCUGCACAUGCUCUUCCUGCUCUACCUGCACUUCGCCUAUCACAAGAUCGUAGAGGGUCUCCUGGACUCUCUGGAAGGACCAAACCUGGCUCCAAUGCAGCGGGUGGCCAGAGAUGUACCUGAGCUCAACACCACACUGAGGAUCCUGGGGGCCCUGCCGAGGGCCCAGUGAGCCCCCCCCCCGCCGUCUUUUCCUGUGUCAGUCUAAAAUCUUUGUUGUAACAGAAUGGUCUCAGCUCAGAGGUCUGAUGAAGACCAUGUCUGGUCCAGAAGAAGCAGUAAGUGACCUUUGAUUGGAGACGAUUGUGUUGAUGAAUCAAACUAAACUUUUUCUCUUUUUUAUUCUGUCACAUUCAGUUUUGGGGUUUUUGUUCAGAUGUAUUUAUAAAAUAAACUUUAUGGACUUUAAACAGAGAA